UAAAAUUUUUCCUUUAAUUUUUAUGUAUAGUAAUCCAGUUUAUGGAAAUACGUAUAAUCUGAAUGAUAAUUGUGUUAAAUAUGGAGAACCAUGUAUUCCUAAGUCUGCACUACGAUGCUGCAGUCUAUAUGAUUCAUGUCAACAAUCGGAAACAGCUGGUUUAUUUUUAUGUACUCAGAAAGUGCAAUUAGGAGACUUUUGUAGAAAUGAUGAUAACUGUAGAGAAAUCCGUCAUUCGAAAUGUUCAAAAGAUAAACAUUGCGUUUGUAGGUUGAACAAUAUUCAACUUAAUGAUACAACUUGUGCGCCAUUACUUGGAGAAUUUUGUUGGCGAAAUGAAAAAUGUGCAACUGAAAAUGCUGUUUGUAUUGAUAUGGAGUGUCAAUGCACUACAAAUUACAUAAGACGGUCUAAUAAUCAAUGUUUACAAAUGAUAUUAGGUAAAAUUUGUCGAAGUAACAAAGAUUGUAAUAGUGUCAAGUUUGCGGAAUGUUCAGAGCAUAAAAUAUGCAAAUGUGAUUCAAAUUCUAUUGAAUUAAAUUCAUUAAUUUGUGCACCACUUUUAAAAGGGGUUUGUUUCAACGACAAUGAAUGUUUUGUUAAUAAUUCUGUUUGUAUUUAUAAUAAAUGUCAAUGCAAAAAAUAUUUUUAUGCUCAUUCUAAUAAUCAAUGCAAACUGGCAUUUUUAUCAUCACUAUUUUGUAAUCGUGAUCAAGAUUGUAGCGAUCUUAUAAAAUAUAGUGAAUGCCAUGAUAAUAGAAAAUGUGCCUGCAAAAAUAAUUACACUGCUGUAACUUAUGUAAAAUGUGCAGCUUUCGUGUUAAAUGAAUAUUGUUAUAAUAACAGUGAUUGCGCAGUAGAAAAUUCAACGUGUGUCGAUAAUAAAUGUCAAUGCCAAAAUGAAUUUAUUAGUCAGUCUAAUAAUCAAUGCAUAAUCCCAUUUCUUUCGUCAUUAUCUUGUGAUAAUGAUGCGCAUUGUAGCAAUAUUAUAAAUGAUACUAAAUGUGCUGAUAAUAAAAAAUGUGCCUGCAAAAAAAAUUACAUUGCUGUUAAUGAUAUAAAAUGUGCGUCUACUGCAUUGAAUGAAUACUGCAACAAUCACAGCGAAUGCACAAUUGGAAAUUCUACGUGUAUUGAUGGUAAAUGUCAGCACACUAAUAAUUAUGGAUCUAGUAAGCAAACCAAACCAGCUGGAUUGGGUGAAACCUGUCGGGAUAAUUUUGAUUGCGAAAUAAUAGUCAAUGGAAUAUGUUCUCCAGAAUAUAAUAUAUGCAUUUGUUCUCAAAAUAAUUUAGCAUUAAAUAAACUAACCUGUACACCAAUUGUCGGUGAAUUUUGUACAAAUGAUUCACAAUGUUUGUUCCAUUCAUCUUAUUGCAUUGAUUUUACGUGUCAAUGCCGGCCUAAUUUAACACCUGUCUCUGCAAUUCAGUGUGUAAAGACGUUCUCAUUGUAUUCUUGUAAUAAAGAUUCAGAAUGUAGUGAUCCAUGGCAUUCGAAAUGUUCAGAAGAUAAAUUGUGUGUUUGUAACUCAAAUAAUACAGCAUUGAGCCAAUCAACAUGUUUACCACAAUUAUUUGGUUAUUGUUGGAAAGAUGAUCAAUGUGUAAUCGAAAAUUCUGUCUGUAUUGACUUUAAUUGUAAAUGCAAAGAUAAUUUUGUACCUGCCGCUAAAAAUCUUUGCGUACCACAUUUUUAGCCUAAGGUUCGAACUGAGGACCUUCUGCGUGUUAGGCAGAUGUGAUAACCAACUACACCACAGAAACUGACUUGAAGGCUGAGCUUUUAAUAU